UUCUCUUAACUCCAUUUGAUAAUAUAUUCUUGAAUCCGUUUGCUGACACAAAUUCACUAACUUGUGAAAGUACACAGUAAUUUGUGUACAAUAUUUGCAGUGACUGCCACUGUCUUGUUGAGCUCAGAAACAGCCGUUGUGAAUAAAGAAAAAAGUGAAGUUGAAGUGAAGAAUAAAGAGAACAAGCAAAAUACUAGUUGUAGUAGUAGUGUGAAGGGAGUUGAAUAUGGCAAGAGUAUUGAGUGUCAUGUUUGUAGCUUCAUUGCUGUUAAUGAUUCUUGGCAUUUGCAGAGCAAGCAGAGUUGGAGUUUGCUAUGGACGAAAUGCUGAUGAUCUUCCUACGCCUGAAAAAGCCGUGCAGCUCAUUCAAAUGCACAACAUUAAAUAUGUAAGGAUAUACGACUCAAAUAUCCAGGUCCUCAAGGCCUUUGCGAAUACUGGAAUCGAGCUUAUGGUUGGAAUUCCAAACUCAGACUUGCUGUCGUUUUCUCAGUUCCAGUCUAAUGCCAAUACAUGGUUGAAAAACAGCAUACUUCCUUACUAUCCAGCCACGAAAAUCACUUACAUAACCGUUGGUGCUGAACUCACCGAAGCCCCAAAUAGUACGUCUGCUCUGGUGGUAUCUGCUAUGCAAAAUGUGUUAACAGCGUUGAAAAAAGCCGGUCUUCAUAAGAGGAUUAAAGUCUCUAGUACACAUUCGUUGGGUGUGUUAUCCCGGUCAUUCCCACCUUCUGCCGGGGCAUUUAACAGUCGUCACGCUUUUUUUCUAAAGCCGAUGUUGGAAUUCCUUGCUGAGAAUCAGUCACCUUUUAUGAUCGACUUGUAUCCGUAUUACGCGUAUAGAGAUUCUACCACCAAUGUGUCCCUCGACUACGCGAUAUUCGAGGCAUCCUCUGAAGUGAUCGAUCCCAACACUGGUCUACUCUACACGAACAUGUUCGAUGCUCAGCUUGAUGCUAUUAACUAUGCUUUAAUGGCUCUGAAUUUCAAAACAAUCAAUAUCAUGGUCACUGAGACAGGCUGGCCGUCUAAAGGAUCUCCGAAAGAGACAGCUGCAACUCCAGAUAAUGCGCAAACCUACAACACAAAUCUGAUACGACAUGUUAUCAACGAUACUGGAACUCCUGCAAAGCCAGGAGCGGCAGUUGAUGUUUAUGUUUUUUCAUUGUUCAAUGAGAACAGAAAGCCUGGUUUAGAAUCAGAGAGGAACUGGGGUUUAUUUUUCCCAGACCAGACAAGUGUAUACAACCUCGAUUUUACUGGAAAGGGUGUUGUAGACAUGCCUGCAGGUGGAAACACGACCGGUUCAAAUGGAACGUGGUGCAUUGCUUCACCUUCUGCAUCUGAACCUGACCUUCAGAACGCGU